UGUGCCCUCUCUCCCACUCUGUCGCAGUCGACACUCCGGCGUCCCUGGACAACACUGCUGGGCUGGGUUGUUCCCUUGAAGGAGCGUCUCACUGUGUUGCCGCCCUCCUUAUCUCUGGUGACAGGCGCUCCGCUCUCCAGUUUCUCUCUGCUGGACCCGUCACCAUCCCAGCCCGGGCGAACUGAGGCGGCCGAUCGCAGGAUCCAGCAGGAGUCCACCACCUGGGCUCCGGUCACCAUUACGGAGCGAGUGAGUGUCCGCAGCCGGUUAACCGAUCACCGUCACGGAGCGAGUGAGUGUCCGCAGCCGGUUAACCGAUCACCGUCACGGAGCGAGUGAGUGUCCGCAGCCGGUUAACCGAUCACCGUCACGGAGCGAGUGAGUGUCCGCAGCCGGUUAACCGAUCACCGUCACGGAGCGAGUGAGUGUCCGCAGCCGGUUAACCGAUCACCGUCACGGAGCGAGUGAGUGUCCGCAGCCGGUUAACCGAUCUGAGUGUCCGCAGCCGGUUAACCGAUCACCGUCACGGAGCGAGUGAGUGUCCGCAGCCGGUUAACCGAUCACCGACACGGAGCGAGUGAGUGUCUGCAGCCGGUUAACCGAUCACCGUCACGGAGCGAGGAUGAAGCCCUUCCUGAUUGCGCUGCUGCUUUCUGCGUUAGUCGGAGGAAGCCAGGCCAGCGACUGUGGUACUCCACCAGACCUGGAGAAUGCGACCUACACUGCAUCAGGCUACGCAAUUGGGAACUGGGCGUUCUACACCUGUAAUAAAGGCUAUAUUCUGUAUGGGAGAAACAGGAUACUGUGCACAAAAAAUGGAUGGAACAAACCUUCUUUGUUUUGUCAGAAAAUAAAGUGUGACCAUCCACCGCCAAUCAACAAUGGCACGGUUACUGAGGGAGAGGAGUGGACGUACGGGGCCGAGGCAAGUUUUUCCUGCGACGAGGGCCAUACCUUGACUGGUCAAGAGACCAUUCACUGCACGGAUAUCGGGACCUGGAGUCACCCACCUCCAAACUGUACAGCCAGCGACUGUGGUCCUCCACCAGACAUGGAGAAUGGGAACUACACUGCAUCAGGCUACACAAUUGGGAACUGGGCAUUUUACACCUGUAAUAAAGGCUAUAUUCUGUAUGGGAGAAACAGGAUACUGUGCACAAAAAAUGGAUGGACCAAACCUUCUUUGUGUUGUCAGAAAAUAGAGUGUGACCAUCCACCAACAAUCAGCAAUGGCAGGGUUACUGAGGAAGAGGAAUGGACGUAUGGGGCCGAGGCGAUUUAUUCCUGUGACAAGGGAUAUACCUUGACUGGUCAAGAGACCAUUCACUGCACGGAUACCGGGGCCUGGAGUUACCCCCCUCCAAACUGUACAGCCAACGACUGUGGUCCUCCACCAGACCUGGAGAAUGCGACCUACACUGUAUCAGUCAACACAAUUGGGAACUGGGCGUUCUACACCUGUAAUAAAGGCUAUAUUCUGUAUGGGAGAAACAGGAUACGGUGCACAAAAAAUGGAUGGAGCAAACCUUCUUUGUUUUGUCUGAAAAUAGAGUGUGACCAUCCACCAACAAUCAGCAAUGGCAGGGUUACUGAGGAAGAGGAAUGGACGUAUGGGGCCGAGGCGAUUUAUUCCUGUGACAAGGGAUAUACCUUGACUGGUCAAGAGACCAUUCACUGCACGGAUACCGGGGCCUGGAGUUACCCCCUUCCAGUCUGUACAGCCAACGACUGUGGUACUCCACCAGACCUGGAGAAUGCGACCUACAUUGUAUCAGACAACACAAUUGGGAAAUGCGCAUUCUACACCUGUAAUAAAGGCUAUAUUCUGUAUGGGAGAAACAGGAUACGGUGCACAAAAAAUGGAUGGAGCAAACCUUCUUUCUGUUGUCAGAAAAUAAAUUGUGACCAACCACCGCCAAUCAACAAUGGCAGGGUGACUGAGGGAGUGGAGUGGCCGUACGGGGCCGAGGCGAGUUACUCCUGCAACGUGGGCCAUAUCUUGACUGGUCAAGAGACCAUUCACUGCACCGAUACCGGGGCCUGGAGUCACCCACCUCCAAUCUGUACAGCCAGCGACUGUGGUCCUCCACCAGACCUGGAGAAUGCGAACUGUGAUGCAUCAGGCUACACAAUUGGGAACUGGGCGUUCUACACCUGUAAUAAAGGCUAUAUUCUGCAUGGGAGAAACAGGAUACUGUGCACGAGAAAGGGAUGGUCCAAAACUACUAUGUCUUGUCAGAAAAUAGAGUGUGACCAUCCACCAACAAUCAACAAUGGCAGGGUUACUGAGGGAGAGGAGUGGACGUAUGGGGCCGAGGCGAAUUAUUCCUGUGACGAGGGCCAUACCUUGACUGGUCAAGAGACCAUUUACUGCACGGAUACCGGGACCUGGAGUCACCCCCCUCCAGUCUGUACAGGCACCUUGGUCGUAUACAAUGCAGCAUUCCAGAAGACUGUAGCACUAAUGGGAUUUCUUGUUGGAUUCAUCAUAGGCGUGGCCACUGUCCUCAUCAUCGCUGCCAUCAUUAAGCAAUGUGCGAAGCAGGGAUCCUAUAGAGUAACAUUGAAUGAUGAAGAAGCAGACUCACUGAAAUAGCUAACAGUACAUUAGUGAUGAACUCCCACCCAUGGGAACAUUCCUGUCCUUGGCUCACCAGGUCUGGGUGACAAUUUAGGAAACCAAAGAACAAAUCUGGUAUUGCAUCCUCCAGCAGUUUUCUGCCUAUAAAUGUGAAACAGUUGUACUUGGUUUACUAAAAAUAAAUUGCAAAUAGGAAUAUUUUAAGGAAAUUUCAAAUCUUGUUCCAAUGGCAUAUUGUAAUGGACAUAAUGGGCAAAUGGUCUCCCCCGCACAGUAAUCAUUCCAGAAUUCCAGUCUUGAUCACUCGUUCAACUGUCUAACUCUGGACACUCAAUAUCAAUCUUCACCAUCAGCCUAUGAUCUUUGGCCUGAUCGCUCCUUACCUUUUCAGCUCACUUAUUUAAUUUUUAAACUCAUAGAUUUGUAACAAUGAAGUUUUAUUGCUUAUCUCAUUUCUUUUGGUAGUUAUUUGUGAAUUCUAAGUUGGUCAUGAUGGCAGAGCGGACAAAGAGCCGCAUAGCCUAAUUUGCUCCUGGGCCUUAAGGAAUUUUCUAAAGCCAAAUUUCUUUACUUGAACAGCUGGAACGUGAGAGUUGGCUGUACUUGCUGAGGAGAAGUCGAGUAAAGGUUCACCAGACUGGUUUCUGAGAUACUGCAUGUGUCCAGUGUGGAAUUGACUGGCAGGAGAGUGGGAGGGAAUCUCACUGGAACAUUAGAUACUUGUUGACGUUCCCCUCGUUGAGGAUUCUGAAACUAGAGGUCACAGUCUCAAACUGAAGAAUUGGCCAUUCAGGGCUGAGAUGAGGAAACAUUUCUUCUAUUUUUACUUAAGGUUUCCAGCAUCUUGCCUUUGAGACCCUUCUGCAUGGUUGACCACUCCUUAACUCAGGGGCGAGUCAGAAUCCUGGGCUGAUGAUGGUGAGGAGUUUGGUGACUGUAUAGCAAAGGAUAUCAGUGGUAGGUGGAUACAUUGUCCCCUACAGGAGAUGAUAGCUGCCUGGUACUCAUGUGACGCAGAAGUUGUUUCCUGUUUGUCAUCUGAUGGCUGCUUAUUCUCAAAUAAUUCUAUCUCCUUUGCAUUGCAGAGAGAUAGGAACAGACAAUUUAGAAAAGGGUUUAAUUGGUUUAAGGGGAAUUAUAAGGCUAUCAGGCAGGAAAUUGGAUGCUUAAGUUGGGAACAGAUCUCCUCAGGGAAAAGUACGGAAGAAAUGUGGGAAAUGUUCAGGGAAUAUUUGUGUGGGGUUCUGCAUAGGUAUGUUCCAAUCAGACAGUGAAGUUAUGGUAGGGUACACGAACCUUGGUGUACAAAGGCUGUAAUAAAUCUAGUCAAGAAGAAAAGAAAUGAUUACCAAAGGUUCAGAGAAUUAGGUAAUGUUUGGGAUCUAGAAGAUUAUAAGGCUAACAGGAAGGAGCUUAAAAAGGAAAAUAGGAGAGCCAGAAGGGGCCAUGAGAAGGCCUUAGUGGGCAAGAUCAAGGAAAACCCCAAGGCAUCCUAGAAGUAUGUGAAGAGCAUGAGGAUAAAACAUGAAAGAAUAGGACCUAUCAAGUGUGACAGUGGGAAAGUGUGUAUGGAACAGGAGGAAAUAGCAGGGGUACUUAAUGAAUACUGUACUUCAGUAUUUAAUAUGGAAAAGGAUCUUUGUAGUGCAGACUGAAAAGCUUGAGCAUGUAGAUAUUAAGAAAGAUGAUGUGCUGGAUCUUUUGGAAAGAAUAAAGUUCAAUAAGUUGCCUGGACCAGAUGAGAUGUACCCCAGGCUACUGUGGGAGGCAAGGGAGGAGAUUGCUGAACCUCUGGCGAUGAACUUUGAAUCAUCAAUGGGGAUGGGAGAGGUUCCAGAGGAUUGGAGGGUUGCAGAUGUUGUUCCUUUAUUCAAGAAAGGGAGUAGAGAUAGCCCAGGAAAUUAUAGACCAGUGAGUCAGUGUUUGGUAAGUUGAUGGAGAAGAUCCUGAGAGGCAGUACUUAUGAACAUUUGGAGAGGUAUAAUAUGAUUAGGAGUAGUCAGCACGGCUUUGUAAAGAGCAGGUCAUGCCUUAGAAGCCUGAUUGAAUUUUUUGAGUGACUAAACACAUUGAUGAAGGAAGAGCUGUAGAUGUAGUGUAUAUGUAUCUCAGCAAGGCAUUUGAUAAGUUCCCCUCUGCAAGGCUUACUGAGAAAAUAAGGAGGCAUGGGAUCCAAGGGGACAUUGCUUUGUGGAUCCAGAACUGGCUUGCCCACAGAAGGCAAAGUGUGGUUGUAGACAGGUCAUAUUCUGCAUGGAGGUUGGUGAUCAGUGGUGUGCCUCAGGGAUCUGUUCUGGGACCCUUACUCUUCAUGAUUUUUAUAAAUGACCUGGAUGAGGAAGUGGAAGGAUGGGUUAGUAAGUUUACUGAUGACACAAAGGUUGGGGGUGUUGUGGAUAGUGUGGAGGGCUGUCAGAGGUUACAGCAGAACAUUGGUAGGAUGCAAAACUGGGCUGAGAAGUGGUAGAUGGAGUUCAACCCAGAUAAGUGUGAAGCGGUUCAUUUUGGUAGGUCAAAAAUGAUGGCAGAAUAUAGUAUUAAUUGUAAGACUCUUGGCUGCGUGGAGGAUCAGAGAGAUCUUGGGGUCUGAGUCCAUAGGACGCUCAAAGCAGCUGCAUAGGUUUUCUCUGUGGUUAAGAAGGUGUGCAGUGUAUUGGCCUUCAUUAAUCACGGAAUUGAAUUUAGGAGCCGAGAAAUAAUAUUGUAGCUAUCUAGGACCCUGGUCAGACCUCACUUGGAGUACUGUGCUCAAUUCUGGUCACCUCACUACAGGAAGGAUGUGGAAGCCAUAGAAAAGGUGCAGAGGAGAUCUACAAGGAUGUUGCCUGAAUUGGGGAGCAUGCCUUAUGAAAACAGGUUGAAAGUACUCGGCCUUUUCCCCUUAGAGCGAUGGAGGAUGAGAGGUGAGCUGAUAGAGGUGUAUAAGGUGAUGAGGAGUAUUGAUCGUGUGGAUAGUCAGAGGCAUUUUCCCGGGGCUGAAAUGGUUGCCACAAGAGGACACAGAUUUAAGGUGCUGGGAAGUAGGUACAGAGGUGAUGUCAGGGGUAAGUUUUUUACUCAGAGAGCAGUGAGCAGUGAGUGCAUUGAAUGGGCUGCCGGCAACGGUGGUGGAGGUGGAUACAAUAGGGUCUUUUAAGAGACUUUUGGAUAGGUUCACAGAGCUUGAAAAAAUAGAGGGCUAUGGGGAAGUCUAAUAAUUUCUAAGGUAGGGACAUGUUCGGCAGAACUUUGUGGGCCGAAGGGCCUGUAUUGUGCUGUAGGUUUUCUAUGUUUCUAUGUAUAGAUUUAUUAAUCAAAUGUUUUGCAUACAUUUCUGGUUGCCCUACUAUAGGAAGGAUGCUGACACUUUGGAAACGAUGCAGGAGAGGUUUACCAGUACGCUGUCUGGUUUAUGCUAUCAUGCAAUACUGGAUAAACUUGGGUUGUUUUCUCUGGAGUUGCAGAGGCUGAGAGGAGAUCUGAUAGAGAUUUACAAGAUUAUGAGAGACAGAGUUAGAGUAGACAGGGAGUAUAUUUUCCCAGUUUGAAGUGUCCAGUACCAGAAUAUAAGAAAGAGGAUUAGAAGUAGGCUCCCUGGCUCAUCAAUUCUGCUCUACCAUUCAAUAAGAUCAUGGCUGAUCUGGCUAUGGAUUCAUCUCCCCUUAACCCUUAAUAUACAUUGAAUGGGGGCUGGUUCAAAGGGGAUACGAGUGUUAGGUUUUUUACUCAGAGAAUGGUGCCUGGAAUGCCCUUCCAGGUAUGUUGGUAGAGGCAAAUACAUUUGAGGCUUUUAAGAGGCAUUUGAAUAGGCACUUGGAUGUCAGGAAGAUGGAGGGAUAUGGACAUGGUGAAGGUAGGAGGGAUUAGUGUUUGGGUGUUUUUGAUUUGCUUUUCAGCUGGGUCGGCACAGAUUGUGGGCCAAAUGGCCUGAAGUGUUCUAUUUUCUAUGUACAUAGAAACAUAUGGUAUUAUCCAAAGUCUUAGGCACAUGUAAAAAAAUUCUGCAAAGCGAAGGUGCUUUCAAAAAUAAUGAAAAGUUUCUAACAAUAAAAAAUUACUAUAAAGAGCAGCAAACAAUAAAAACGAGAUCAAAUCAAUAUCACGGGACAACAAAGAUUUUGUUUCCUGAAUACUUUUAGGUGUAUCUAAUGAAUUUUGGGCUACUGAUCAUGAAAAUCACCAUGAAAUUUCCCUAUCACUCACCCUUUUUUGAAAUCACUU